AAAUCAUAAAAUCAGCAUGUUUAUUCAGGCAGAUAAGUAUUCAUUUCCCACAGGAAGAAGGACUCACCCAUCUUUGUAUCUAAUAUAUUUAUAUAUUGAUAUCCAAUAUAUUUAUAUAUUUAUAUCUAAUAUAUUUAUAUAUAUUCGUGCAUAUUUCUAUUUUUGCACGUAUUUCAGUAGAUGUGAAGGUGGGAGGAAAACACGAGGCCGUCAGACAGCAAGCAGCAGCUUCAAGGCUUACCCUCGGCGCCCCGCGGGCGGGGGUGCUCGGCGCUGUGCAGGGCGCGGGCGGUCCCCCCGCAGCUCCCCUGCCGCGGAUGCCUGGCGGGGGCCGUGCCCGGUUUCACAGGCGAGCGGCGCGCAAGCGCCUCUCGCUCCCCAGCUCCGGUGCGAUGCUCUCGGACGUGCGAAGGGGAUCGCCCUGCCUUUCCCUCCUGCCUUCUGCUUUCUCUCCGGCACCGCUGCCCCACUUUUCCAGCGUUUAGCCCGGUCUCCUGGCUGGGUUUCAUUUUUAAUCCGCCAAUCUUAUUAUUAUUAUUAUUUUAUUUUUUUUUUUAGUGUUGCCCACCCCCGGGAGCCCGUUUAGCACCCACUCUCCGCAGCUCUUGCUCCUCCACGUAGCUGCAUCUAAAGGGAGACCCGCCUGUUGAUUAUUCCACGCACCUUCUGCCCUUCCACCCCCCACCCCUUUGCUACCCCUCCCCCCGCUUGAUUUCAAACCUUUGGAUGGUAUUUUUGUGUCAUUAGGAGAUUAACAUCCCUGGAACACCAGGGGAGGAAGGAGGAGGUGGAGGAAGAGGAGGGUGGAGGGGGAGAGAGAGAGAGAGAGACAGCAGGCAGGAAGGUUGUCAUAUUGACACGAGUAAGGCUCUCCUCCCGCCGUCCCAGCCACCCUCGGCUUCUCGGCGGCAGCGGAGGGGGGCGUUUGCAGGCGCCGCCGGUUGCGGACGGCGGCAGGCAGGCGGGCUGUGCCCGGUGCCCGGUGCCCGCGUCCGCGGAGCUGCGGCGGCGAGGGCCGCCGGCGGGUGUGCGGCCGCGGCUCCUGCUCGCGGCCCCCCUCUCUUUUAUGAGCAGCGAGGCGGAGGAUCGGCAGCCGGAGACGCCAGGAGGAAUAUUUUUCACGGGUGUUUAUGAAUGGCACUGAUAUGGAGGAAAUACCGUUUCAGAAAGUCAAGACCAAGAGGAAGAAGUGCUGCCACUGCUGCUGCUCCCCUCCUGCUGCCGCGGCGGCGGGAGCGGGAGCCGGGCUGGGGGACCCCCCUCCCUUGCUGCUGCUGGAUGCCAUCGCCUGCGAGGACGAGUUCGACUGCAAGGAGCUGGAGGCUCUCUUCCAGAGCUAUAACCUGAAGCUGGAGCAGACGUCUACCCUCAAGGCGCUGGCCGUCCUCAUUGUGCUCACCGCCAGCCUGGCCCUUGUGGAGCUGCUCUCUGGACCCAGCCUGACCAUCUCCAAAGGCUCGCACCCGGUGCACUGCAUCAUCUUCCUGUCCCUCUUCAUCGUCACCAAUGUCAAGUACCUGCAGGUCACCCAGCUGCAGCAGAUCGUAAAGCUCACCUUGCUCUUCAGCUUCACCUUCUCCUUCCUCUGCUGCCCCUUCUCACUUGGCGCCUAUGGCAUAGAGCCCCCCAGCGCCCCCGAGCAGGGCAUGUGGCAGCUCAUGCUGGUCACCUUCGUCUCUUACUCCCUGCUACCCGUCCGGACCCUGCUGGCUAUCGUCUUCGGACUGGUGGUGUCCGUCUCCCACCUCAUCGUCACCGCCACCUCCGUCAGCACCAAGAGGCAGCGGCUCUGGAGGACGCUUGUGGCCAAUGCAAUCCUUUUUGUCAGUGUAAAUUUAUAUGGGGUCUUUGUGAGGAUUUUGACAGAAAGGGCUCAGAGGAAGGCAUUCCUUCAGGCCAGGAACUGCAUAGAGGACAGGCUGAGGCUGGAGGAUGAAAAUGAAAAACAGGAACGUCUUUUGAUGAGUCUUUUGCCCAGGAAUGUUGCAAUGGAAAUGAAGGAAGAUUUCCUGAAGCCUCCUGAAAGGAUUUUCCACAAGAUUUACAUUCAAAGGCAUGACAAUGUUAGCAUUUUGUUUGCAGACAUUGUGGGGUUCACUAGUUUGGCAUCACAGUGUACUGCCCAAGAGCUGGUGAAGCUGUUGAAUGAGCUCUUUGGCAAAUUUGAUGAGUUAGCUACAGAAAACCACUGCAGAAGAAUAAAAAUCCUAGGUGACUGUUAUUACUGUGUAUCAGGAUUGACCCAGCCCAAAACGGAUCAUGCCCAUUGCUGUGUUGAAAUGGGACUGGACAUGAUUGACACCAUCACAUCUGUUGCAGAAGCCACAGAGGUUGAUCUCAACAUGAGAGUUGGAUUACAUACAGGAAGGGUACUUUGUGGUGUCCUGGGUCUCCGAAAAUGGCAAUACGAUGUCUGGUCAAAUGAUGUGACUUUAGCCAAUGUCAUGGAAGCUGGAGGGUUGCCUGGGAAAGUUCACAUUACAAAGACCACCUUAGAGUGCCUAAAUGGGGACUACGAAGUAGAACCAGGAUAUGGACAUGAAAGGAAUAGUUUCUUGAAGAAGCAUAAUAUCGAAACAUAUUUCAUUGUGCCAUCCCAUCGGAGGAAGAUAUUUCCUGGACUGAUUCUGUCAGACAUUAAGCCUGCCAAAAGAAUGAAGUUCAAGACAGUCUGCUAUCUGCUUGUUCAGCUCAUGCACUGUCGUAAGAUGUUCAAAGCAGAGAUCCCUUUCUCCAAUGUCAUGACGUGUGAGGAUGACGAUAAGAGGAGAGCUUUAAGGACAGCCUCUGAAAAACUCAGGAAUCGUUCCUCUUUUUCUACCAAUGUCGUAUAUAACACUCCUGGAACUCGAGUAAACAGAUACAUCAGCCGUUUGAUAGAGGCCCGUCAAACUGAGUCUGAGAUGGCUGACUUGAACUUCAUUACCCUGAAAUAUAAACAAAUUGAGCGUGAAAAUAAAUACCACCAGCUUCAGGAUGAAUACUUCACCAGUGCUGUAGUUCUCUCACUAAUUCUAGCUGCCUUAUUUGGCCUUGUCUACCUUUUAAUAAUACCACAGAGUACCAUAGUCCUUGUCCUCCUGGUGUUCUGCAUAUGCUUCCUAGUCGCUUGUAUAAUGUACCUACAUGUCACACGAGUACAAUGUUUUCCAGGGUGCCUGACAAUACAAAUUCGUACCAUUUUGUGUAUUUUUAUUGUGAUAUUAAUAUACUCUGUGGCUCAAGGAUGUGUGGUUGGCUGCAUGCCUUGGGUUUGGAAUACCAAUUCCAGCAGCUCAAUAGUUAUCAUUUCUCCUGGUGGAACAAAUAAAACGAUGAAUGAACUUCCAUGUGACACAGCCCACUAUGCUUUCCUUUCUUGUGUAGUGGGGACUCUCACCUUGGCAAUAUUUCUACGUGUAUCUUCCUUGCCAAAAAUGAUUCUCCUGCUUUUUGUUACAAUUUUGUACAUAGUUAUUCUGGAACUCAGUGGUUACAGAAAAGCAGUGGGGGGUGGCUCAUUUUAUAUGCGUGGCUAUGAACCAAUACUAGCUAUUUUGCUAUUUUCUUGUGCUUUGGCACUGCAUUCCAGACAGGUGGACUUGAAGCUACGUCUGGACUACCUCUGGGCUGUGCAGGCAGAAGAAGAGAGAGAUGAUAUGGAGAGAGUCAAACUGGAUAAUAAACGAAUUCUCUUCAAUCUGUUGCCAGCACAUGUCGCACAGCACUUCCUUAUGUCUAAUCCAAGGAAUAUGGACCUUUAUUACCAGUCAUAUUCACAAGUGGGAGUGAUGUUUGCUUCCAUCCCAAAUUUCAAUGAUUUCUACAUUGAACUGGAUGGCAAUAAUAUGGGAGUGGAGUGUUUACGCCUGUUAAAUGAAAUUAUUGCUGAUUUUGAUGAGCUUAUGGACAAAGAAUAUUAUAAGGACAUAGAAAAGAUCAAGACAAUUGGAAGUACAUAUAUGGCAGCUGUGGGACUUGUACCUACUUCAGGAACUAAGGCUAAAAAAUCAAUUUUUUCCCAUUUGAGUGCACUGGCAGAUUUUGCAAUAGAAAUGUUUGACGUUCUUGAUGAAAUCAACUAUCAGUCUUACAACGACUUUGUCCUACGAGUAGGUAUUAAUGUUGGGCCUGUAGUGGCUGGAGUCAUUGGAGCCAGAAGACCACAGUAUGAUAUCUGGGGAAACACUGUAAAUGUUGCCAGCCGGAUGGAUAGUACUGGAGUGCAAGGGAAAAUUCAGGUUACAGAAGAAGUUCAGAGGAUAUUAAAGAGGUGCAGUUAUGAAUUUGUGUGCAGGGGUAAAGUCAGUGUAAAGGGAAAAGGUGAAAUGUUGACCUAUUUCCUGGAAGGAAAGGCCAAUGGGAAUAACCCACAAACACGAUCUUUAAACUUAGAGCGGAAAAUAUACCCUUAUGGAAAAGCAAACAUUCAAACAAAACUGGGUACCAGCUGUCCAUCAGUGUCCUCUGUUGCUAGCUUUACUGUAAAUGCUGGGCUUGGAGCAGGUCAAGCAUCUGCCACUCAUACAAAUCAAACACUGCAUUAUCUUCCCUCUGUGCCGGCUGUGAAGGAGGCGUAGAGCAAAGGAGAUUUGGUUGUGCCAUUUGCAGUGAACUUGGAGAUCAAUGGUUCCCUGAAUUUUUACCAAGAGAUCAAAGGUCAUAUAGGCCAUGGCAUUAACCAAGGACCACUACAACCCAACCAAAGAGAACUUGGGAACUGUGUAAUGAACUCUUGGGAUGGAAUAUAUAAGGGCUAGCAAUUCUGUUAGAAAAGUCAAAACCUGAUUUUCUGGAAAUAAGGAAUAUUUUCUUGACAUUUUUAAUGGGUAAAUGGAAAAAAAAAAUAGAUAAACGUGCAAGGAAUUAUUUAUGUGUGUGUGUAUAUAUAUGUUUUAAUUUAUAUAUGCACAUAUACAAACACUCCUAUGUAGAAUUAAUAUAGUUAUAUAUAUAUUAAAAAACAAACAAACAAACAUUAAAAUAUGUAUUUAUUUACACAUCCACCUGCAAUGACAUAGCAAAGAGAUUUCUCUUUCUGUCAUAGCCAGCAUUGUUGGGUCUGGGAUUAGAAAAGCUGCAUUUAAUUGUGGAGUGUGUGGCAGAUGAUGGUUCUCUUGGGCUACAGCAAGAGUUAGAAAAACCGUGCUCCCAAUGCAUGAGUUAAAGCAAUGAGAAAAGUGUUCAUUGCACUGUCAGUGGCAGAUUA